AUGGAGCGCAUCAAGCUUUUGGACGUCCAGUAUGGGCGCCCUAAACGUGAUCUUCGCAAGCGGGAGACUGUCAUCCCAAUUGCCAUUACAUCGAUCUCGCUGUUCUGCAUGUGGGGGUUGGCUUAUGGCCUCCUGGAUAUAAUGAACUAUCAUGUCAAGGUAGCAAUGGGCAUCGGUCGCGAGAAGGCCGCGAUUCUGGCAGCCGGGUAUUACACCGCAUACAUACCUGGGGCCCUCCUCAUCGGCGGCCCCUUGGUUAAGAAGUGUGGCUACCGUAUCACGAUGGCUCUCGGGCUCUUCGGUCUCGGUCUUGGUGAUCUCUUCAUGUCACUCGGUGCACAAAGCUGUAGCCUAGCUGGCAUGGUGGCUGCCAUGUUUGUCAUUGGUCUGGGAGUAUCGGUGCUGGAACGCUCAGCCAAUCCUUACGCUGUCAACUGUGGCCAUCGCACUCAGGCCACCCUUCGUAUCUUGAUCGCUCAAGCGUGGGCUGGCAUCGGUACUGUUGUGGCUCCCUUCCUAGCCAACGCCUUCGUGUUCAACCCGGACACCUCCAGCAAACCACCGUCUCCAGAUCCUCUCCACCCGGGGAAGUGUCUCAUGCCCACCAGCAACCAGGAAGCGAGCUGUGCCAACCUCGGAAGCGUCAUCGUCUUCUACCGUGCCCUUGGCGGUUGCAUCUUCGCCCUGAUGGCUGUCGUUGGCAUCAUCUUCUUCCGCACGAACUGGGUUCCCGAGGUCGAUGUCCCAGCCUCACCACCCACCACCUGCGGCUGGAAACUCUGGAAGCACCCUCUUGUAUCUGCCCGCUACGCUCGUAUCUGGUGGGGUGUGGCCGCUAACUUCGUCAAUCUCGGCUGCCAGGUCACAUUCGCGCAGUUCUUCAUCGAGCACAUGAAGAUCAACGCCUGUGCCAGCGACAAGUGGGCAGCUGUGUGCAUGUCAUUUGCUCAGAUUGCGUUCGUGAUGGGUCGUUUCGCCGCCGCCGGUCUGGUCACAUGUCCGAAGAUCUUCAAGCCACGCUACGUUCUUGCUUGCUUCAUUGCUGGCGCUGUGGCAACCACUGCUGCAGGCACCGCCAUCACAGGAACCUCAGCUAUUGUUAUCGCUGUCAUGGUUAUGUUCUUCGAAGCACCAUCUUUCCCCAUGGUUUUUGAAAGCGCCACCGCAGCCUUCGACGAGUGGACACCGACUUGCGAGACGCUGAUGAUCGUCAGCAUCUCCGGUGGAGCGCUACAACCCCCAUUGAUGGCACAACUCGUCGAGUCCGUUCGCAUCUCUAAGGCAUGGUGGCUCACCGCCAUCUGCUUCUUCCUUGUCUUCACCUACCCAGUCGCCACCAACUUGAUCCCCUCAUUCAGACGUGCUCUUGACAGAUCCCAAAUCGGAGAUGUGGCCAGCGAAGACGAGGCACCCGGUCCCGAGGAAGGCAGUCAGGUCAGUAACCGCGAUGGCAAAGAAGAGACGGACGAAAAGAGAAAUUGUGUCUCGCAGACCAUCAGCGAGGUUUCUUUCAAGCCCGUGAAUACAUAG